CAGGGAGGUAAAUAUUAAAGCUCUCAGUAGUGGAAAUCCUACAACUGUUGGUGUGAGUGGAGAAGUAUUCAGUGGAACCUUUACAGUACAGGGAGGUGAAGAAAUCUUUAAUUCACUGGAUGUUGCUGUUAGUGGUAUAAAAGAUGCCUAUUCUAUUGGUCAGGGAUUGUCUGAGCUUGGAGCCAAACUUUUAGGAGAGAAGUUAGCUAAUAUGACAGUUGGUGACAUAGAAACUUUAAUGGACUUCAAGAAUAUUGAUCCAAUAUUAGUGGCCCAGCUUAUGAAAGAUUUGAGAGACUUAGCAAAGGCAUUGUAUUCUGAGUUUCUUUCCAAGCUACUGUCCAAUGGAGACGAAGUGUUCAAAUCUUUUGACUUCACACUAAAGGGAGACUUUAGUUUUCCUAAACAGGAUGUAGACCUAUUUAAAUAUAGUAUUCACAUGUUGGUUGGAGGACUUAUACCAAUGCAGUUUUCAUUUGGAGCUGGUGCAUACUACGGAAUGAAAUUCGAGAUUGGUGCCAAGGUGUUAGAAAUGAAGGCUAUAUGUGGCGUAGAGCCUUAUGGGGGUGUGACAGUCUAUGGGGAACUUGGUAUUGGUUUUGCAUUGUAUGGAAAACUUCGGUUAGAGGGAAGAAUAAUGGACCUGCGUUUCCCAACAACUGCUGAGAUUUCAUUCAAUAAGUUUCCUCUAGAUGUUGGUCUGGUUAUGUACUUAAAAUUGACCCCAAUAGAGCUAAACUUGUAUGCCCUGGUGACCUUAGAGGUUGAUAUUGGUGUUGCUAAGUUUACGAAAACCUUGUUUAAAGCUACAUUAUGGUCAUACAAGGCUCCAACAAUCACAAAAAAACUGAUAGACAACAGGAAAGAUGAAGAAGACAAAACUCCUCCAGAUAUUUCACCAUUUACUGACGGAUCUGAUACAAACAGAAAAAAAAGGGCCACACCAAGUUGUGAAGUAGAACAGAUAGCAGGUAGAGACUAUGUGGAGCCAAUGUUUGAAAUCGCUGUUCGUGCUGAGGACGACAGAAGUGACGUGGCUUACUUCCUUGAUGUGGGAACAGUACCGGGAGGAAAAGAUGUGAAGGACCAGCAUACUCUUGGUGGACCAAAGACUUCAGUUGAUGAGAGACUUAGUGCUACUGGAGUCCCUCUGUAUUUUACGAUGUAUGCACAAAAUGAUGCUGGUGUGCGCUCCAUGGCAACUUGUUCUUUAAAUACAUAUGAUGUCACUCUUCCCGGUGGACGAUUCACAGAAGACUUUUUAUCAACCAGUAAUCCAGCUGUGAUGAAGGCAUCUGUUGUUGUAUAUGAAGACUCAGAUAUAGUGUUGACACAAGUUGGAUUGGGAUAUGGAAAAGAUGUGUGGGGCGAUCAAGUAAUUCCAUGGAACACUGUCAAUGUAGAUGCUGCUGCAUAUGUUCCACCAGAUCUAAGUAAUGACCCACAUAACCAUAAAGUUAUGGAAAUGUUCACAGACUUCAGAGUAGGACGACUGAUAGCGCCCUUAGGAGGGGAGAUAACUCAAGAACAUUCAGUUGGUGAUUGUGCUAAACAAUGUGCAGACUUACUGAACACCAAAUGUAUGAGCUUUAAUUAUGACUUCAAUGAUGGUACAUGUGAAUUGCUGGAAGGAAUAGAAGGCCACCACUUCAAGCUUGCACAGUAUGGAAUGUUUCUGCACUACGAAAGACUUGGUAUCGGACAUAUCUUGAGUUUUGAUUAUAAUACUUUGUGGCUGACCCAUAAUAAGACACAUUACUUCAACUUCCGUAUCAUUAAUGAUUUAGGAUUUGAGAGUAUUAUUUCUACCCCAGGAAUAAUGUUGGAUACUACGCCACCAGAAACAGGUCCUAUAAACAACAGCACCAUCGACUAUUUGGAAUUUGUAGAUUGCAGUACAAAAAUAAUUCCAACUGAUAGACCAGACUUCCUAAUGUGGUGUAGAGGUGAAAAUUCAGCAGUUAAAAAUCACAGAGUAAUACAAGAUGGACCAGAAUCAUUGGCUGUUUUCAAUGGAGCAACAUUUAUGAAUGAUAUGCUGUAUACAAGAGCAAAUAAUUAUAUCUCGGCAAACUGGGAUGGAUUUAAUGACAAGCAGACUGGACUUUUAUUUAUCUCUGUUACUGUUGGUACUGAGAUCUGUGCUGAAACAAUCCACCAACAUUAUGAUCCACAUUCUCAUCUGUUUGACGUAUCUCAGUGGACACACAGUGCUAUGAUAAGUCCUCUCCCAGCACCUUAUGAGCAGCUCCCAGAUGGCCAGUAUUUUAUUACAGUAAGAGCUAUAAAUGGGGUUAAAUAUGGAGGUCCUUUUGCAACAACUGUGUGCCACACAACUCCUUACAUCGUUGACAAUUCACCUCCAAUUAUAUAUGAGCUAUAUAACAUUCAGUAUGAUGAAUUCCAAUAUAACUUGACCUACAGACAUAAUUCAUCUGAUCCUGAAUCAGGUAUAUUAUAUAAUGAUUGCUGCCUUGGACUUACUCAAAGAGACUGUUAUGAACUUCCAUGGACUCGACUGGAUUUCACUGAUUUUGUAACGAUUACUGUAUCAAUAACAGCUGGUAUACCAAUAUGGGUAAAGAACAAAGCUAUUAAUAAUGUGGACCUGAGAACAAUUAAGGCAGCAGACCAGCCAAUCAUUGUGGACCCAACCCCUCCAAUUGCUGGUAAAGUGUAUGAUGGACAAACUUAUGAUGUUGAUCUUUUGUUUACAAAAGAACAAGAUGUGAUAUGUGCCAACUGGCAAGGCUUCUAUGAUCCUGAAUCUGGAAUUUCAUUCUACAUGGUUAGCAUAGGCUCUGAACCAUUAAUAAAUGUUACUGAUGUCUCUAACUUGACGCAAGUAAGCAGUACAUUACACGAUGCAUGUGUUCUCCUACAACAAGCUGCUUAUCUUCAACAUGGCAGGAUUUACUAUACAACAGUCUGGGCAUUCAAUGGAGCAGCUAGACAACUUAAUAUUUCAGCAAUUUCAAAUGGAGUAUUGGUUGAUUUAACUCCCUCUGUGCCUGGGCAAGUUAUUGAUGGGUUGCUGGAUAAUUUUAUUGACUUAGACUACACAUCAAGUCAGGCUAAAGUUGAAGCCCAGUGGAAGGAUUACUAUGACCCAGAGUCUACUAUCAAACAGUAUGCUGUACAGGUGUCAAGUGCUCAAAACAUGUCCAACGACUUCACAGUGAUUAGAGAAUGGGUGACAUUCAGUAACGAUUCCACCAGCGCUAAAUGGCUAAAUUUCCACUUGGCACACAGAGAUAGAAUCAAGAUAGAACUGAAAACAACAAAUGGAGCUUUGAAUUCUAUUGUGAAUGAAACUGAUUCUUAUGUCGUGGACUUAACUCCUCCAGCCCUGAGUUACCUUGGAGAUGGUUUGACGCAGGAUCAUGAUAUAGACUUCCAGUCUGAUGCCACUUCCUUGAGUACAAACUUCAAAUUUGAAGACAAUGAAUCUGGACUGGAUUACUAUAGGAUACAGAUUUAUGAGAAGUACCAGGGUAGCAAGAGACAACUUGUCCCAAUUAUUAAAGGUAACUGGUUGGAUCUAAUUGGUGACCCAACAAAGACAUCCUACACUCACACAGGAAUGUCUCUGAACCUUGGUGCUGCUUACAGUGUCAGAGUGGGAUCCCUUAACAAAGCAGGACAUAUGGCAGUAUUUGAAACAGAUAGUGUUAGAGUGGAUACGUCACCACCUUCUGUAAAGUGGUUGAGAGUAGGAACAUUAAUCUCUGGUCAAGAAGAGGAGGUUGGAGGGUAUGUGUAUCAGGCCAAUACAAAAGGGAUCAAGGCAGCCUGGAUGGCUGCUGACCCUGAGUCUGGUAUCAUUGGAUAUGAGGUUGCUGUUGGAACUACUCCUGGUGGAACAGAUAAAUUAGGCUGGAUAUUAUAUGGAGCAGAGAAUGAUGUGUAUAUACAGGGUUUUAGUUUGGAUAUCACCAACCUGACUACAAAGGAGCCUGUGUAUUAUGUUAGUGUAAAAGCCGAAAAUGGAGCACAAUUACUCAGCUCGUCCUUGACGUCUACUCCUAUUGUGGUUGUUGAAGAAGAUAGAGCAGGUCUUGUGGUGGACGGAGCUGAUGGAACAGAUAAAAACACGCCUGAAUUGGGCCUGGAUGUAGACUACACAGUGGAUACCACUACUGUAACUGUAACAUUUGAUGGAUUUGAAAGUCACCUUCAUGGUGUGAUGAUGUAUGAGUGGGCUGUAGGUACCUCACCAGGUGGGGAAGAUGUACAGCCAUUCAUGAGCGAGGGUAUUAUACAUUCAGAGGAAGAAAAUGUAGCAGGAGACGGCGUAACGAGUUCUGGACAUGCCCAUGCCACAUUACCAUUGGAGCCUGAGACCCUGUAUUAUGCCUCUGUCAGGGGAAUCACUAAUGGUGGAAAUGUUGUACAGUCUUCAUCUGAUGGUUUUACAGUUGAUGUUUCACCACCCAUGAUCAGUAUUGACAGAUUAACAGACAAAAUCCCAACAGAUCAGGAUAUCACUAGCGGUAAUUCUCUGUACCAGACAACAACUGACUCACUGACCGCCCAAUGGACAUACAACGACACAGAGAGUGGUAUAGAACGAGGAUGGUAUUCUGUAGGAACCUAUCCAUUUGGUGAGGACAUCACCUCAAUGAUAGAGGUAGAGAUUUCAUCCAUGGAUUUCAGUACUUUACCAUUGGCUUAUGUUACUGCUGUUGAUACAGGAAAGCCAAAUAUAAUCAGCAUCUGGGCAGAGAACAAAGCUGGACUUGUAUCUGAAGUAGCUACUGGAUCAGUUAUCAUUGACAAAACUCCACCAGGAGAAGGCUUUGUCUCAUGUCCUGAUUAUGUUGGGGUGAAUGCUCCUAUACUGUGUACAUGGCAUGGCUUCCUUGACAAACAGAGUCCUAUCCAGAAAUACAUCAUAACAAUGGGAAGUCAACAAGGUUCAAAUAACAUCUUUAAUGGAACAGAGGUCCCAGGAUACAUGAGUCAAUACUCAAUCCAAGGUCUGGGUGACAAGUUACAUCACGGUGAUAAAUACUAUGUGACAGUGACCGCUGUAAACUAUGUUGACAUGGAGUCCUAUGGUUUCUCCACUGAGAUUGGUAUAGACUCAACACCACCAACGUUUGGUAAAGUAAUUGACCUACACACUACAUACAGGGUAGAUGUCACAGACACUGAGAUGACGUUAGCCAUGAAUGCCAAGAAAUGUGAGACAGAUGAUGAAUGUGAUUUGCUGGAUGCCACUUGUUCAGAAUCUAUGACUUCAGUGUCAGCCACAUGGCAAGCAUUCCAAGAUCCUGAAUCUGGAGUACUAAGGUACCAGAUAGCUCUUGGAACGACACCUGGUGGUGGACAAAUCAAACCUUUCUUUGACAUUGAUUUACAAGAUGGAGUCAGAUACUACACCAUAGGUGGUCUCAAUCUUGUUGGUUAUAGAGUGGUUUAUGUUUCUGUAAAAGGAAUCAAUGGAGCUGAUCUGACAAGUGUUGCUACAUCCAAUGGACUCUAUCUGUCUUAUCUCAGUCAGGGAAUGAACCCUCUCAGUCAUGUCGGGGUUGCUGAUGUACUGGAGAAUUCUGUCGGAGAUGUUAAUUUCCAGUCAUCUGACCACACUUACAGAGCAUCAUGGGAUAUGUCAGGUGACCCAUGUCCAGUCAGUAACUAUGAAUGGAAGAUCCAAAGGCUUGAUGGUCUUGUUGUUCAAGAGUGGCUGCAAAUGAAUUUGAACACUGAUGGCAUGACUGAUGGAUUAGGGUUAGAAAAUGGAAAAAUGUACUACUCUUUAGUGAAGGUGACCAAUAAGUUGAACUACACCUACAUUCUAAGAUCAGAUGGUGUCACUAUAGAGAAAAAUCCACUUUUACCUGGGAAGGUGUUUGAUGGGGACGUUAGAGGCUACGAUAUUAACUACUUACCAUCCAAUAAAAUUAUCUAUGCAAACUGGGAUGGAUUUGGUUUACCUGCAGAUGCCAUUGCACAAGUAGAUGUGUUGUCAGGAAACCCUGGAAUGCAAGUGGACGAGGCACAAUUGGAGGCUCAAAAUCCUAACCAGGAAGUUGUUUACUAUGAGGUUGCUGUGGGAACAGACAGAAGAUUCCCCAAGACCAGGGAUGAUGUUGUUCCAUUUACAAAUGUAUACCUUAACAAAACUGUCAUUUUCUAUGACCUUGAGUUGACCCCAUUAACUGGUAUCUACUACUUUACAGUGAAGGCAUACAGUGCAUCGUAUUCAAUAGCAACAGUCACUUCAAAUGGUUUCCAGGUUGGAUUUGAUGGAGGAGUUACAGCUGGGAUAAUUGUGAUGGAGAGAUACAUUCCAACAUACACAUAUUUAGAAAUUCAGUUUGAAGGAUUUAGUUCCAAGUUAGAUAUCUUGAUGUACUACGUAGCUUUGUCAAACAACUCUGAUGCCAACAAUACUAACUGUAAAGCAUAUAUUGAUGGUGGUUCAGCUACAGUCGAAGAGAAGAAACAAUUAUUUACAGAUUAUGAUGUCACCAAUAUAAACAAGUACACUGUUACAACAAUGACAGGACUCAAUCUGACACAGGGAGCUACCUAUUAUGUGUAUGCUAUGGGUACUGAUAAAUCUGGAGCUUGUGGAAUGGUCAUGCAUGAAUUCACUGUUGACACCACACACCCAGACAGGGGCAGGAUAAAAACUGGACCCUAUUAUGAUAUGCCUGUGACUUACAAUCAAGCCAAUACAUCACUAUAUGUGUAUUGGGAGGGGUAUGGUGACGAUGUCUCUGAUAUUGCCACAUAUGAAGUAUCUGUCUGGAGAAACAAAUCCUGUUCAGAAGAUGCCGAAUCUGAGAUGGUUGUUAGCUGGAUAACCCUAUCAAAUAAUUAUACAGAUUACAGUUUUAUAGAUCUUUCUCUUAAUAAAUCAGAACCACUAGUUGUCAAGUUUAUCAUCACAAAUGGAGCAGGUCUCUCCAUAACAGAUGAAUCAGUACCAAUACUAGUAGACAUGACCAAACCAACUCCUGGAAAAGUUGUGGAUGGCUGGGAUUUUAAGAAAGAUCGUGUUUGGUUUAAUUCUCCCAACAGUGCGAAAGGAUCUAUUCUGCAUUUGGCAACUCCAUUUGGUCAGGCAUGUCCAACUCGUCCAGUAUCAAUUGUAAAUGAUACCAACUGGAAAAUCUUACAGCAAAUAGGCUUCAGAGAUCCUGAAGGACAGGAUUGGCCAAUCAAGAUGCGCACAGAAAAUCUUGGACAUGAAAUUUAUGAUGAUGAGCUAUGGAUCAAGUUAGGAAGAGAUACAAAUUUGAACACUAUGUAUUCCUCAGGAUACUACAGAAAAGCUGACUAUCAAUUAGGAGGAGAGUGGGAGUUUGAAAUAAAGGCUGCUAGUGGUGAAGGUAUGGCUGCCACGUCUGUGAUGUUAUGGGAUGGACCAGAGGGUGAAAUAAUGCCAUACGAUCACGUUCCAGAGGCUGACUGGUCUGCCACUGCCUGUUAUUGCUGUUUUGAAAAUCCGAUACCAGCAACAUGCACUGCCUGUGACUGUACGGCAUAUUUAGCUGAAAAGUUUGGUAAUGGUACAAUAGUAGCACCAACAACUGAAGCAGUUCCUGUUGUUGAUAACGGUACAUCAUCUCUGUACCAAGUGGUAGAAAACCCUAAAGGUGGCGCUGUCAUCACACCUAUUGAUUUAUCAAAACAGCCUGCUAGAGCAUCGUGUGGUAUUGAAAUUUUCGCAGGUGAUGACCCACAUGUUGUAACGUGGUGUAGAAUCUUCAAUGAUACAUUACCCCCACAAGUGGUAGAAGAUGUCCUCACUUUUGACCCCUCUGCUGAUUUCCACACUUACAAGAUCGUUGUUGACUUUGAAGCUGAUGAAGCUGUAAAUCCAGCAUUGUGCUUCUAUUUGUAUGUGGAUGGUGUAUUGUGGAGUAAAGUAUGUGGAAUACGUGAUCUGAGUACAGACACAGACCUAAUAUUCCAUGUAUUCCCUAAAAAUAAUUAUUUACCACCAGUCAUUGAUACUUUUAAUCCUUACUCCACCAAAGCAUUCUUCCGAAAUGUAGUCUUGCCACCUGAACCAAGUGCAUAUUGUAGAUAUGGUGCUCCAUUCCGUGGUGGAACCAAUCCAAUAAUCAAGUACGAAAUUGGUAUUGGAACUACAUUAUUAGGCACAGAAGCUGUUCCUUACAAAGAAAAGAUAUCACCAUGUCUCCCGUGUUAUAACUUUUGUUCACGCUACAACUGUAAUUCAACAUGUGACGCUGAGGAACAUGUGUUAUACCAGUUUAUGCUUGACAACUUUACUCUACCUGCUACAAGAAUGGAGGACAAUGAGACUAAACCAAUAGAUUAUUAUUUCACAGUGAAAGCUGUGCUUAGUUCUGGUGUUACCACUGUUGUGUCUUCAGAUGGAUUUUACAUUGACGAUACACCACCAAUAUUUGAUCCUGAUGUGAUGGGCGGCGAUUUUUAUAUUGAUGUAGAUCAAGGGGACUUCACUCCUGUCAGAUAUCAGGGGUCCAACAGCACUAUAAAGGCAUUCUGGAGAUGUUUGGAUGAAGAGAGCGAUGUAGUGGAAAAUUGGUGGGCCAUUGGUACCACAGUUGGUGGACAAGAGUUGCAGGAAUUUGAGUCUAUAGGUACAAAUCAAUUUGGCAUGAACAAUACAUUUGAAGACAUCUUGGAACACAAUACCACAUACUAUGUAUCCCUGAAAUGUGAGAAUGGUGCUGGGUCGGCUGUUGGCUUCAAUGAUACUAAAGGUGUUAUUGUACUUCUGGAGGCACCAGUAGAUGAUGUAAAUGCAACUAUUCCUGGUGCUACUCAGCUAUCAGAGGAUGUUGUUCCAAAAGAUGCUCUUCAGAGUACUGAUCCGACUAAAUUAGGAGUUGCAUUUACACUAAGUCAUGAUGCCUCAGUCAAUAGAUAUGAUUUGUGUUUUGGAACGGACGAAGAGAAGGAUGAUAUUUUCCCAUGUACUUGGGUAGCAUACAAUGUUUCUGGAACAAUCAUGGUUGAAGACGGAUGGAUAAAAAUCAAUGGAAUGAACAUAAGGCGAUUAUCUGAAUUAAACCCUGUGCAGGAUCCAGACAUGUCUGAAUCAGACCGUCUCUCCAAUGCCAAUAAUGCCUUCAACAUGGAGCCAGGACGUACUGUGUUUAUGAUGAUGAGGUUAUGUAAUGCUGCCAUGAGAUGUUUUAACAAGACCAUGGGUAGUGUCAUAAUAACCAAUGCCAACACUGAUUUAGAAACAUCCCUAAAUGGAUUGGCCAUUACGAUAUCAGUCACCCCAAGUUCUCGUAGAAGGAAGAAGAGAGCUAUUGGAGAUGAUUUAGUCAUUGUCACCCCAAGUAAUUUGACUUCUGGACACAGCACAACGUUUACAAAACUCACUCAAUCUGAGUUAACAGCGUCCUAUGAAUCGGCAGCGUCAACAGAUUUUGUACCUUACAUUGUCAAUCCAUCUACUACAACUGAUUUGGUGGAUAGAACUCUGCUAGGAAGGCUCUAUGGAAGUGAAUUUGCCUUUGCCUUUGUGUCUGUUGGACACAUUAUGAUGCCUGACCCUAUUCUGAUGACCUACAGUGAUGUUGCUGGACCAGGACCACAUGAUUCAGGCAAUAGGACAUUAUUGACAAACUGGAAUCCAGUGAGACAAUUGUGGGAGGAGUCUAGUAGAACCUGCAUUAAUGAGACAGAUACUGAAGUCUUCCAUAAUGAUAGUACUGUCACUGUGAAGGUAUGCAACACCUGGAGAGAUUUAAAAGAAGAUGCAGUCAAUGAACCAUACUUCCGUCAUGAGACCAUGUUUUCUUUGUCUAAUGCCAAAGCCUCCAUUACAAACUCAGAACCCAUACUAGCAGUACCCGAUGUUAUCUACAUGUCAGAAGAUGCAGGUACAAUACAGUACCAGUUGGAAGCGACAGAUGAUGAAGGAGAUACUAUUGAGUUCUAUCUGGUCGGUAACUACACUAAUUAUACCAUGGGAACACCUAUCCUGUCUGUUGAUGGAAUCCUGCUGUAUACACCUUGUGAGGACUGUCAGGGAAUUGAGACAUUCCCAGUAAUUUUACAAGAAGUUCAAAAUGAUCCAGAUAUUAUUCCACCAAUUAAUGUUACAGUCUGGCUGACUGUCAAUGUAACAGAUAUAAUAGACCCACCGGUCAUCUUCCUAACUUUGGUAGGAGAAUCACAACUACCAGCAGAUCCUACAGAACCAGUUAUUGUUUAUCUGGAACAAAAGAAUGAAUGGAAUGAGCCUAUCUGGUCCCCAUCCUGGUAUGCUUUGAUAGGAGCUUAUGAUAUUGAAUCAGGGGAUAAACCACAGCUUAAUGUUCAGGAACCAGUUAAUGGAACCUUGAUUAUCACAGACAAUACAACAAUGUUGCCCACCAUUGCAGAUCCAUGUCCAAAUGCUACACAAAGAAGUGAUAAUAUGAUGUUCCCAUGUGAUCUCGGCCUGUUGAAGCCAAUAAAUGAACAUGAAUGGAACUACAUGAAGUUGACAUAUAUACAGAAUUAUUCCUUCUCUGGCUACGAUGAGGCUAAAGUCUACUUCUCUGAUGCUAGUGGUGCCUUAUCACGUCUUGUCACCAUACAGUUUACCGUGUUGGAGUCACCAUGUCACAAUGAAGGAGUAUGCGAACCAAAGAACAAGACUAUAUCUUAUCCAUGUGAACAUUACCGUAGGGCUAUUGAAAGUUUUGAUAUCAACUACAACUGUAUAUGUGCCUCUGGUUGGACUGGUAUCCAUUGUAAAGAGAAUAUCAACGAGUGUAUUAGCUCUCCUUGUCAGGAUCCGUUUGUAUGUUAUGACUACAUCGACUAUUAUAAGUGUGCCUGUCCUGAGGAUUAUCCGAACUGUUUGUUGCGGCCAUGGAUGAUAGCCUUGAUCAUGAUAAGCUUGUUGAUUAUUGUCGUGAUCGUACUGUUCCUUGUGUACAGAUGGAAGAGAAGAGAUAGCCACAUUCCUUGGGUUCAGAAGUACAUCUUAUGCCAAAGUGAUGACAAAAACAACUCAUUUGGAUCCACAGACUCGUUUGAAGAUUAUAUGGAUGAUGAUUCAGAUGGUGGAUUACCCAAUAGAAACACCAUAUUUGAUUUUAUAGAUCCAGAUCAAAUCUCGGAUAACAUGGACUUCCCUCCACAAAAAGAUGAAUGUAAAAAUGAGAAACGCCAUAUAAUGCCUUCAUUUGAACCUCUGGUCCCUCCUUCUGAUUUUAAAAUUGCUCCACAUCCAUCUGAAAUUGUUGAAGCCAAUCUGUCAGCUGAUAUUGAUGUCAUGUCAAAACCUGGCUGGACAUUUCCAAGAAUGGAUGCACCAACUGAAGCAGGAUCUUCUGGAUAUGGUGCCUCAAUGCCACAUGCUUUGUCCAAGAAUGAGGCUCGAUGGGCACUAGCUGAUCAAAACAGUGGACAUCCAGCACCAUCUAGUAGUAAAUCUCCACAUCUUCUCUAUGACCGACAGACAACCACAUUAGAUCCUGAAACAGUAUCAAUGUAUGAUGAAGCAGAUCAAGAGACAUUAGAAAUGUGAGGAGGGCUUUGUUUAAUAAUUGAUAUUUGAAGCUUUUUACCAGUACUUUUCAAGACAGAUGUGUCAAAAAAUUAUAUCACAUUUCUGAUUUUUUCUUUUUUUCUUAAAAAUGUCAUUUUAAAAUAUUUUUUUUUUUUAAAACUAAAUUCAUCAGUCCAGGUUUUUUUAUAUGUGAUUUAUAUCCGUCCAAGUAUUUUUAUGUGAUGUAUAACUGUCCAGGUAUUUUUAUGUAAUUAAAAUCUGUCAAGGUAUUUUCAUGAGAUUUAUAUCUGUCCAGGUAUUUUUUUCAGAUUAAUAUCUGUCCAGGUAUUUUUAUUAUGUGAUAAAUAUAGAUUCUUACAUUGAUACCAGUGGAUUAUCGGAUUUAUCCAAUCGAGAUAGUUAAAUUAUCAAUUUUAAAGUUCGAGCCGCCUCGGCGAGUACUUUAAAAUUUAUAAUUUAACUAUCGAGAUUGGAUAAAUCCGAUAAUCCAUGAGUAACUAUGUAAGAAUCUGUUUCUCUAAUGAUCAAAAAGACAUUAUCUUUUUUGUUUACCGAAAAUCCCCUUCGAGUGCCUUUCACAUUGCACGAAGUUGUCAAUUUCAUUAACACCUGUUAUCAUAUUUUGGUUCAUCCAGUCAGCCAAAAAGGUCAUGACCCUUAAAAUCAUCCAAUGAUCUUCUGAGAUCACCAGCAACCACACGUUGAUUAAAUUUUUUUAUACAAUGGGUUUGAAAAGGGAUAAAUUUCCAUAGAAUUAGAGAAAUAUAUCUCUAUAUAUUAUAACAAUUUAAAUUAUUUUAUGCAAUUUUCAUAAUAAUGUAUCAAAGUAAAUAUAAAAAAUUGUGAGUUUACUCAGUAACUUAAGAAAUGCAGCACAUCUUAUAUGGUCUCUGAUAUGUGUCAUUUAAUUGUUGACAUUUAUUUUUGUAUGAAAUGAAAAAAAUAAGAAAUCACUGAAAUAAUUUUAAUUCUUUACAAAAACUUAAUUUUUAACUAAUCUAAAAACAAUUUGAUAGAAAAAAAGUUCAAAGUCUGAAAUUACAUUUUUUGCAACUUUCUUAGAAUUAUAAAUAAAAAAACAUUUUUGUUUAAAAUAACAUUUUUGAUUAAAAAAACAUUUUUGAUUAAAAUAACAUUUUAGAUAAGAACACUAUUUUUUCUUAGAAAUAAUUCUUUUACAUAAAAAUUCCUCAAACUUAAAAACCUUCAUUUACCUGAUUUCUACAUUCUGACCAAAUCUUAUCACUAAUUUUGAAGAAUACUAAAUUACGAAAAAAAGAAGCAUUGGCAUUUAUAAAUUAUGUUGUCAUUAUAUGUAUUUAUGUAAUUUUUAUAAAUUUUGGGAUACAUGUUACAUUAUGUGGUUCAGAAAUAAAAAUCUCAGUUCAAAAGGUUAUAUGAUAUUUGAAAUUAGCUGUUAUUAAUUUUAUACUAUUCAAUU